AUGUCCCGCCAUCGAUCUUCAGCAGCACAUGAACAGAUCUCAAGUCAAAAGACAAUGAUUGCACACCAAGACAACUUAACAGAUGCCCUUAACUCUCUGGGUCUCACAAAAGGCUCCACAAACCUCACUCCAGAGGCAAAACGACACCACGAAAAUGUUGCACUGUACAUGUUUAUCGGCCUCGUAGCGGCAUUUUUGUUCAUUGCAACUAUUAUUAUUACGGUUGAACUGUACAGAAAUGGAAGAUGUUCGAAAAACGUCAAGCUAAAAGGAGACAAGGGAAACAGUAGGACUAGAUUGGAAAAUGAGGAUGAUGAUGACGAGGGUGACUACUCUGAAAUAGAGAUGAACGACUUAUAA